CCAUCUUUAGUCUCUCCAGCCAUCGCUGCGCUGGUGCGGAACAACCGGGAACAACGCUCCACCUCGACCAGUUGAUCUGUUACAGGACUGCGCUCUCCUCCUGCACAUCUGUCAGCUACACUUUUCUAGCUUGCCACUGUACUUGCAUCUUGUUACACAAUGGGAGAGCGGGAAGACCUAGUUUAUCAGGCAAAACUUGCCGAACAGGCCGAGCGAUAUGACGAAAUGGUGGUGUCUAUGAAGAAAGUGGCAGGUAUGGAUGUGGAACUCACAGUGGAGGAGAGGAACCUGCUAUCGGUGGCCUACAAGAACGUGAUUGGAGCACGGAGAGCCUCCUGGAGGAUAAUCAGUAGUAUUGAACAGAGGGAAGAGAGCAAGGGAGGUGAAGAGAAGCUGAAGAUGAUCAGAGAAUACAGGCAAACGGUUGAGAAGGAGCUGAAGUCUAUCUGUGGUGACAUCCUAGAUGCACUGGAACGGCACCUUCUCCCUUCUGCAGUCAUGGGAGAGUCUAAGGUCUUCUACAAUAAAAUGAAGGGUGACUACCACAGGUACUUGGCGGAGUUUGCCACUGGCAACAACAGAAAGGAAGCAGCAGAGAACAGUCUGGUGGCCUACAAAACUGCAACAGAUCUGGCGAUGUUAGAGCUGCCGCCCACACACCCUAUUCGUCUGGGACUUGCCCUCAACUUCUCCGUCUUUUACUAUGAGAUACUCAACUCGCCCGACCGAGCCUGCAGGUUGGCGAAAGCUGCGUUUGAUGACGCCAUUGCAGAACUGGACACACUGAGUGAAGAGAGCUACAAGGACUCCACACUUAUCAUGCAGUUGUUACGGGACAACCUGACACUAUGGACUUCAGAUAUGCAGGGAGAGGCAGGUGAAGAACAGAACAAAGAGGCACUGCAGGAUGUUGAGGACGAGGCCCAGUGAGACUAUGCCACAAACUACUUGAAACACCCCCCCCCCCCCAAACCCUUCCCACCUCCUUACACUCCGCAUCCCUCCACCUUCUCCACCUUUGUCUUCCUCAUCCUCUCCCUCUCGUUUCCAGACGUCACCUUCCUCCCCACCUUUUCCUUGCACCUCUGCUGUUCCAAGACCCAUCAGGGACAUGGAAUUAAGAAGUUUAUUUUUCUCUUUUUUUAAUUUUUAUAUUAGUCCUUACACCAUUCAAAUAAAUACCACUUGAGACAAGAAAUACAAAGAUAAAGGAUAAUACUGUAUCCCUUGAUUGUUUGCUGUAUUUUUAUUUUUUGGCCUGGUACAAGCAUUUCUGAAAAUGUAUUAUUUGUUUUCACUAUUGUGUAUGUUUUUGAACAACCCCCACCCCCGUAUUUGUAUCUGUUGCUGGAUGUAUUUUUUUUUUUUCCUUUAAUGUAAUUACAAAAAUUAACUUUUAUUACUGAUGUUAAAUAUUAGUUAUGGGAGCUAUUUUAUCUCUGUUUUAGUGAAAUGUCAUGCAGAUUAUUUUACCUUUUUUAUUUUGGAAAACAAUCGGAAUCCCCUUUUUUUUUUUAGUUUUUCAGAGGAAGUUAGCAAAAUGUGUGAUCCAUGCGGGGGGCAAAAAAGUGCUUAACAUUUACAUUUUAGUGAUUCUAUCAUACUUGUCUUUGGACUGUAUUUUGUGCUGAAAUACUGUAACGUGCACACAUGUUUAAUCUCUGAAGGCUGCUUUAUCUGUAGCUGGUGGUUUUAAUUUAUAUAAACAAGAAAACUGGGGAGAUUUUUCACCUGUGUAGAAGACAAGUCUCAGUUUGUCCCCAAACCUAGACAGGGAUCCCUGAAGUCAUGGUCAGUGCUUGCAUGAAUGAACAUGUUCUUUUCUGCUGUUAUGCAGGAGCUUUUUACAACAGCUCCUCUAGGUCAAGAGAUUUUCUUUUGUAGUUUCCUUCAUUGCUCUUUUGGUUUUGCUUCAUUUUGUGUAACUUUGACCUGAUUUAUACUGCUGGAUAUCUGACUGGAGCCACAGACAGGGAAUCUGUAUUGUUCUUAACUGAAACACAGCAUGGAAUUAACAUCAAACAAUCUAAUUAAAAGUUACAAACUG